UUUCCCAUGUGAAGUCUGCGUGCGAAGGAGGGGCAACUGUGCAGGAACAAUAAACGUCUCAGCUCCGGAACUCGCUCUAUAACUUCUGAGCUUCAGAAUCGAAACUCCAAUACAAUUUUAGUCUGCAAGCAGUGAUAUCAUAUUUUAAUGGAAGUGCAGUGCCAUUGAUUGAACAAAUAACAGACAUAAUGUCGCUCGCUAAGGACCUAAUGCACCCUACUUUGAAGGCUGAGAGGCAAAGACACAAGAAGAAGAGACUGGUUCAAAGUCCCAACUCCUACUUCAUGGAUGUAAAAUGCCCAGGCUGCUAUAGGAUCACUACAGUGUUCAGUCAUGCCCAGAGAGUGGUGCCGUGUGGCGGAUGCUCCUUUGUCUUGUGCCAGCCCAGAGGAGGGAAAUGCCGCCUCACUGAAGGUUGCUCGUUUAGAAGAAAGCAACACUGAGUGUCCUGUCAAAAGUCAAAUUUGGGCCGUCUGUCACUUUAAUUUUAAAUUAAGCUAUACUUCUAAAUUUUGUUGAAUGUAAUGGGGAUAUUCAGCACAGCGCUUUUUUCUUAUAAAAUCUCUCUUGCAAAAUAUACAUAUAUAUAUAUAUAUAAAGUGAUCAGCUACAAUAUUGUCUUCCUUUCAUAUUAAUUAGGAAUAAUAUAUAAUAUGUUGAUUACAUUCUGCUUUUGUAUAUCUAUGUGAUGUGUAUUUGUCUUUCAAAAAAAUAAAUGUCUUGAACCAG